UUUUCUAUAUUUUACAUUUGUAUUUUCGCGGAAUUUCACUUUGUUGUAAUUGUGAAUAUUUCAUUCAUUCACUUAAGAUAUAUCUUAAAAAAUAAAUGUCAGUUCCGGUGUUGCUAGGGUAACGGUUGCCAAGUUCAAGCCCGGCUCUUACGAAUAUUCGUUUACCGAAGCGUAUCAUUGCUAUCACACCUCUGCUAUUUUGAAAGUUUAGUCGAUAUAUUUGAGUUCCUGUACUUUCUUCUUACUGCAGUAAGGUAACUAAACGUAAUCCCUGUAUAGAUACAGUUUUCUGUUGCUCCAAUGCUCCCAGAUUCACUUUUGUUGUCAAUAUAAACGUAACAAGUCAUCCUUGACAACAACCAAAAUGUCCUUUCUUGACCCACCAGAACUGUACAUUGUAAUGACGAAAUGUCCAUGUAAUGUAAACUUCUACAUACAUUUUUACCGUAAGACACAGGCCAACAGGCCGAAUGGGGUUGUGACAUCAUCUCUAGGCCUAUAGCUGGAUGUUUGAAUCUACAUGAUAGAAAUAUGAAUCUAGGGGCUAAACAUGCAGUAAUCAAAACAGACAUUUAGUAAUCCCGAUUGCACAUAAGAAAAGUCCAGGGCUUCUAGUUGGAUAACAUGUAUUUUGACGGUUCUUUUGUAAUUGAUCUGUUACAGCAUGUUGACAGCGAUACUUGGCCCUACAUCUAUCUUUGUAGCGCCAGUGUAUGUCUUCCCCAUUCCAUUUGGUUGGCCGACUGUCCUAUGUCAUAUCAGUAAUUAAUUAAUGAAAGGCCAGAUUCGGGUUUUAAUUUGGUCAUUCACAUGGCUUUUAAUCUAGCCUGCCAUCUCAUGUUUUGUCAUGUAUUUAAUACUAUUUAUUAACACAAGGCCCGGUUAGUGCAUCAGUGCUGGAGCUACCUUGGCAUUAUAGUGACAAACGCUUAAUGUGAGAAUGAGGCCCUUUUUAACAGGUUUGAGGUUGGAAUAAAUCAGUUACUGAAAAAUCAUCCAGUCAUUCAUUGUUUAAUUUAUUUCACACAGUCACAUGUUCAUACAUGCAUGUGUUUUAUUUCACAGAUUUCUCUUGUGAGACUUGAGUCUGGAGUUGAGUACUCUAGUAUAAACUUGAGUUGGUGCAAGAGAGUUCAACUGUGAAGGACCACAAGAUGUUGUGUCCCAAUGAGAGUUGGGUGAGCCUGGAUGACUUUCAGCCUCGCUGUACCUGUCUCUACCCCCACACAACUUGGACUGAUGCUGUCAUCCCCUCACUCGCCACAAGAAGGUCCAUCAGCCCCACUAACCCUACCCCUAGAUCAUCCAUAUUUUGCAGUAACACCCCCAACAGCCCCAUCGGCAAGUUACAAGAAAACCAUGACUCCUUCCUUUAUCCAGAAUGUCCCAGAUUUACUUCAUUCUUUGACACCCCUGAUCUAACAUCAACAUUUCUAUCAGCCACUUCAGAUAUCUGGCCUGUCAGUCCAAGUGAUGAGUCUCUCCCAGCCAGCACCAGCUCCAGCCUGACCAGCCUGAGUUCCAUCAGUCUUACUGACCCCUUCCCCAGCUCUUCUACCCUUUUCAAGAAUUCUGAGGAAUUCCACAAUGAUCUUCUUCCCUCCCCAUCUUCCAGCACCACCUGCUUGAACUAUGGGCCCAAACCUAGCAGAUCCCUGGAAUCAGUCAUGUCAGGUUUCCCAGACGGCAUCACCAUCUCAGCUACAGUUUACAAAGACUUCUGGCUCUGUAACAUCUCUGACCCUUUUCAGUAUGGACCAAGACUGACCUCAAGCACCACAUCUCUCCCUGUCAGCCCAGUGAGCAGCUUCACCAACCUGAGCCAGUGUGAUGUGUCCUGCAGUCUGACCAGCCUAAGCCACCAAGGAGUGCCACUUCCAGUCCCUAGCAGGAGACCUGGACCCCUGAACAAGAUGGUGGACAGGAAGAGAAAGAGAGAUGAGGAUGAUGAGGUAGAGGUGAAGGUUUGUAAGAGGGCCAGGCUGUAGGUAUGGUAGGUAUAGUCAGAUGUACAUAGUCAGAUGUAAUGUAUGUCUGAAGCAUCUAUUUUAGGAAACACUUUUCAUGUUUUACUCGGAGUAGAAAUGUCUUUAAAUUCUGCUAUUAUUCUAGACACACUAUAUUUUAUUGUCCUUUCUAUAUUAUAUCCAUAUUUAAAAUAGUUGUGUCCUUCCGCUGUUAUUGCUUCAUUGUAAGUUACUAUUCAAGUUUGUAAUCACUUAUAGCCCUAUUCCUUAUCACUGUCAUUAAACAUUUCCCACUUGUGUUCCAGCCUGAUUCUAGCCCCUACUCUAAUUCCUUCCUUGGUUGUGUCUCCUUUCCCUGUCCCUACAAGUGGUUGUAGCUCCUAUUCCUGUCAGUGGUUGCAGAUCCUAUUCCUGUCCCUGCUAGUGGUUGUAGCUCCUAUUCCUGUCAGUGGUUGCAGAUCCUAUUCCUGUCCCUAUAAGUAGUUGUAGCUCCUGUUCCUGUCCCUGUCAGUAGUUGUAGCUCCUAUUCCAGUCCCUGUCAGUAGUUGUAGCUCCUAUUGAUGACCCUGUCAGUGGUUGUAGGUCCUAUUCAUGUCCCUGUAAAUAGUUGUAGCUCCGAUUCCUGUCCCUGUCAGUAGUUGUAGCUCCUAUUCCUGUCCCUGUCAGUGGCUGUAGCUCCUAUUCCUGUCCCUGUCAGUAGUUGUAGCUCCUAUUCCAGUCCCUGUCAGUAGUUGUAGCUCCUAUUCCUGUCCCUGUAAGUAGUUGUAGCCUCUAUUCCCGUCCCUGUCAGUGGUUGUAGCUCCUAUUCCUGUCCCUGUCAGUAGUUGUAGCUCCUAUUGAUGUCCCUGCCAGUAGUUGUAGCUCCAAUUCCUGUCCCUGCCAGUAGUUGUAGCUCCUAUUCCUGUCCCUGUCAGUAGUUGUUGCUCCUAUUCCUGUCCCUGCCAGUGGUUGUAACUCCUGUUCCUGUUCCUGCCAGUGGUUGUAGCUCUUGUUCCUGUCCCUGUCAGACGUUGUAGCUCCCAUUCCUGUCCUUGCCAGUAGUUGUACCUCCUAUUCCUGUCCCUGUCAGUGGCUGUAGCUCCUAUUCCAGUCCCUGUCAGUAGUUGUAGCUCCUUUUCCAGUCCCUGUCAGUGGCUGUAGCUCCUAUUCCAGUCCCUGUCAGUAGUUGUAGCUCCUAUUCCUGUCCCUGUCAGUGGCUGUAGCUCCUAUUCCUGUCCCUGUCAGUAGUUGUAGCUCCUAUUCCUAUCCCUCUCAGUAGCUGUAGCUCCUAUUCCUGUCCCUCUCAGUAGUUGUAGCUCCUAUUGGUGUCCCUGCCAGUAGUUGUAGCUCCAAUUCCUGUCCCUUCCAGCAGUUGUAGCUCCUAUUCCUGUCCCUGCCACUAGUUGUAGCUUCUAUUCCUGUCCAUGUCAGUGUCUGUAACUCCUAUUCCUGUCCCUGUCAGUAGUUGUAGGUCCUAUUGAUGUCCCUGCCAGUGGUUGUAGCUCCUAUUCCUGUCCCUGUCAGUUUUUGUAGCUCCUAUUCCUGUCGCCGCCAGUAGUUGUAUCUCCUUUUGAUGUUCCAGCCAGUGGUUCACGCCUGGCUAGUGGUUGUUGUCCUUAGUUCUGUCAGUACUUAUAUCCCCUACUCCUGCCCCUUUCAGAGGUACUGGCAACUCGCAUUCCUGACCCUUGCUCAAGCUAACAUUACCUGGUUAAUGAUACAUGUAAGAUCAGAUCUAAUGAUACCAAAUGAUAUGAAUAAUACAAUCAAUGUUGCCUCAAAGAAUAUCUGCUAAGCUAUGUACAUGAAAAAGUAAGACAGGUAGUAAUAAGUCAGUGUUAAAAAAUGAAGUGCAUGUAUUAUCCAGAACUGACUGGACAUUAGUCCAAACUUUGUAUUAAAACAUAAUCUGUGCAGAUAAAACUAUGGCAGUAUUUAUUUGGGCUCAAAAUCAUAGACUAAAUUCUGUUUGACAUCUGAUAUAUUUUCUAUCAACCACUUAUAAGAUAUAAUGUUAAAGUCAGGGCUAGUACAGGUGGUGUGGGCAUGACUAGAAGGGGAGGUGGAGGCCACUGUUUAGUUAGGUUAGUAGUUUGUAUAUAGUAUGUAAAUAAGCUGAAAAUCAGUAAACAUUAACUGUGUCAGAUGAAUUGCCUACAUGAUGUAUUUUCUUAUGAUUGUUAAAACAUCAGUAAAUGUAUCCAUUCAUAUAAUGUUAUAGUCAGGGCCACUGUUUAGUUAGGUUUGUAGUUUGUAUUCAGUGUGUAAAAUAGCUGAAGAUCGGUAAACAUUAAUUGCCUACAUGAUGUAGUUUUCAAUAAAGGUUAAUUCAUAUAAUGUGGUGUGGGUGUGGCUAGAAGGGGAGAUGGAGGCCACUGUUUCGUUAGGCUAGUAGUUAGUUUGUAUAUAGUGUGUAAAUAAGCUGAAGGUCGGUAUUAAAACAUUAACUGUGUCAUAUGAAUUGCCUACUUGAUGUAUUUUCCUUGUGAUUAUUAAAACACCAGUAAAGGUAUCCGUUCAUAGUAUAUUAAAGUCAGGGUUAGUACAGGUGGUGUAGGCGUGGCUAGAAGGGGAGGUGGAGGCCACUGUUUAGUUAGGCUGGUAGUUUGUAUACAGUGUAUAAAGAAGCUGAAGAUCGGUAAACAUGAACUGCGUCAAAUAAAUUAGAAACAUGAUUAUAAAUAUCAAAACAUCAAUAAAGGUGGAAUCAUAAUUGUUGAAUAAAAAUAUAAUUGCGUCUUUCUGUUGAUUUAUGCUUUAAAAAUAUAAAUCUUUGUCAGAGAAAUAAAUCAAAGUAUCUUAAGUUUACUUUUAUCUUUCUCCUUUGUUCAUUCACUCUUCACAAACAUAAUCUGUUCAGAAAAAUAAAUCUUAAUAUCUAAA